AUGGCACAGAAAAGGGUCAAUAUGAGCUUAGAAGAUAACCUAACAAAACAUGUCAAGUUCCUCCAAUUUCACCUUUCGCUGCUUCCUUCUAGAUAUGAAAGUUACGAGGUUAAUAAAUUCGCAAUUGUUUUUUACGCAAUUGUAAGUCUGUCUGUAAUAUAUCAGGAUGUUUCUGAAAAAUAUCAGAGCAAUUUAGGCUGGGUCAGAAGUCAUUACACAUCUUAUCAAGUUGAAGAAUCAAGAAAAAAGAUAUCUGGUUUUGUAGGAAGCCUGAGUGCAAUUGUUCCAGAUGUUAUAAGUAUAACUUUGCCAAACACAUUAUUCGGUUUAUUAACGUUGACUACAUUACAUGAUAGAGAAUUUUUCGAAAAAAUUCUCGAUACAGAAAGCCUUUGUAACUUUGUGGGGAAAUGUCAACUCACAGAUGGUUCAUUCGUCUCAUUUUUAGAUUACAAGGACGGCUCGCCGUCUGCAGUGGAUUCACACGAUCUAAGGUUCUGUUACAUUGCUGUGGCUAUAUUAUAUAUUGCAGGAUGCAGAUCUGAAAAAGAUUUCAACAAAUACAUUAAUGUAGAUAAUUUGCUAAAGUUUAUCAAAUCGCAAGAGUGUGAUUUUGGCGGCUUUGGUCAAUAUGGGGAACCUCAUGCAGGAUAUACUUCUUGCGCUUUGUCUACGUUGGCAUUGCUGCAAAAGAAUGAAACCCUCACAACAGAUUUCAAGGAAAAUACGAUUGAAUGGCUUCUGCAAAGACAGUUGUCUAAGUUAGGAUGUCAAAAAUGUCAAGAAUCAAAUGAAUAUUACGAUGAAAAUGAUCAUGGUGGAUUUCAAGGAAGAGAAAACAAAUAUGCUGAUACGUGCUAUGCAUUUUGGUGUUUGAAUUCAUUACAAAUACUGAGGAAAGACUGGAAGAAAUUGUGCAAUGCAGACCUCACCAAAAAAUAUAUUUUGAAGAGAACACAGUGUACUCUCACUGGUGGUUUUAGCAAAAAUGAUGCAGAUGAUGCAGAUAUAUAUCACACGUGUUUGGGAUUUGCUGCUUUGGAAUUGAUAGAAGGUAACUUUAAUGGCGUACUAUGUAUCACAAAAGAUUCGACUGAACAAAUGGGCUUGUAA